UGAGAGAGGUCGCACGUUAGCUAUCAAACAACCACAAUCCACAAAGCUCUGCCAAAUUCCACAUUGACGACGACGACGACGACAACCUCUCCGGCGUCGCAGAGCGCUCCCUUACUUCUCCUCUCAUUUUCCUGUAUUUUUUUUUUCCAAUUUCUCAGUUUUCUGUUUCUUUUUUUUGUAAGUGAGCGACGUCAGAUUUUUGAAAAAUGGCGGACGUUCGGCGAAUUCCUUCAGCUUUCUCGCAAUGCAGGUGAAAUCAAUCUUCGUUUAACCUAAUCUGCGCUCCUUUUGGUCUAGAAUGUAUGUUUUGGUGUCGAAAAUUACGAAAUUCGAAGAGUUUUGGAGGAAUUCGACGGUGUAUGUGAAUUUUAGGGGUUCUCUGAUUUCUGAGCAAGUAAUUUGAGCUGUUUUGGAGCUGAGUGUUGAUCAGUGGAGCCCUCCGUGUGUGGCGUUUUAGGGUUUGGGUUUACGGCAUUGCGAAAUUCUAAGGCUUUGGGGUUGAGUUUCUUGAGCUGCAAGGUUGUUGAGAGCUGAGGUUCAUUUGUGGGUGUAAUGGGUUAGAGGUGGAGCAAAUCAAUUCUCUUUUGUAAGUUUAAUGGGGAGGAGUUGGGAAUUGGGUUAUGGUAUUAGGUGGUGGUGGUGUUCAAAUGGGUGUUGGGUCUUGGACUUCUGGCAAAACCUGAUAUUGCAACUUGAAUGGCUAGUCCCCAGAGAAGCGGUCCGGUCGAGAGGGAUAUCGACCAGGCCAUAACAGCACUUAAGAAAGGUGCAACUUUGUUAAAAUAUGGACGCAGAGGGAAGCCGAAAUUCUGCUCAUUUCGGCUUUCUAAUGACGAGGCUCUGUUGAUAUGGUACUCUGGCAAAAAAGAAAAGCACCUUAAACUUAGUCAUGUUUCGACAAUUCUUCCUGGCCAGCGUACAGCAAUAUUUCAGCGGUAUCCACAGCCUGAAAAGGAGUAUCAAUCAUUUUCACUCCUGCACAACGAUAGGUCCUUGAACUUGAUAUGUAAAGACAAGAAUGAAGCUGAAGUUUGGCUUGUUGGUCUUAAGGCAAUAAUCACUCGAGGUAACUAUCGGAACUGGAGAAGUGAAUCAAGAUUGGAGGGCACACCAAUAGAUAGUCCCCAUGCUCGUACUCGACGACAUUCUCCCUCCAGGACACCAUUCUGUAUUGGGGAUCCAGGAGAUACUGAGGGAGUUCCUUUGGAGAAUAUCCAACAGGGUAGAUUAGGACAAGCAUUCGCUGACAUAAUAUCUUAUACUGCCAACCCCAAGAGUGCCACACAAGCUGAAUCAGUCUCGAAUGCGUCAUUAUCACCUGUAUCUGUGGAUAACUCCAAUGGUCGAAAUUCUGCAUCUGAAGCAUUUCGGGUUAGUUUAUCUAGUGCUGUAAGCUCGUCUAGUCAAGGUUCUUGUCAAGAUGAUUUCGAUGCUUUAGGAGAUGUUUUAAUUUGGGGCGAAGGUGUUGGUGGUGGAGUACUUGGAGGCGGUGUGGAUAGAGUAGGGAGCUCAUAUGGUUUCAGGACAGAUGCUCUUCUGCCUAAGGUAUUGCAAUCAACAGUGGUCGUAGAUGUUCACGGAAUUGCUUGUGGUGCCAGACAUGCUGUUUUGGUCACCAAGCAAGGGGAAAUCUUCAGCUGGGGAGAGGAGUUAGGAGGCAGACUUGGUCAUGGUGUCGAUACAGAUGUUUCCCACCCAAAGCUCAUUGACACUCUUAGUGGAAUGAAUGUUGAAUUAGUGGCAUGUGGGGAAUAUCACACUUGUGCUGUUACACUUUCUGGAGAUCUCUAUACAUGGGGUGAUGGUACUCAUAAUUUUGGCCUGCUUGGGCAUGGAAGUGAAGUUAGUCACUGGAUUCCCAAAAAGGUAUGCGGUCACUUGGAAGGUAUACACAUAUCCUAUAUAGCUUGUGGACCGUGGCAUACAGCUGCAGUGACAUCUGGUGGCCAGUUAUUUACCUUUGGAGAUGAUACUUUUGGUGCCUUAGGGCAUGGAGAUCACAGUAGCACAAGUACGCCACGGGAGGUGGAAACUUUGCGUGGGCUAAGAACAAGAAGGAUUGCUUGUGGUAUUUGGCACACUGCUGCAGUCGUUGAAGUAAUGAAUGAAUCUUCUUACCCGGAGACUUCUAGUUACUCUUCAUAUGGGAAGCUCUACACUUGGGGUGCUGGUGAUAAAGGCCGACUUGGACAUGGUGAUGAACAAUCUAAACUAGUUCCUGAAUGCGUAGCUGCAUUGAUUGAUAAAAACAUUUGUCAUGUAGCCUGCGGCCAUAAUCUCACAGUUGGGCUUACAACCUCAGGAAAAGUAUAUACGAUGGGAAGUGCUGCUUAUGGACAGCUUGGAAAUCCUUCAGCUGAUGGGAAAGUUCCCACUCUGGUCGAGGGUAAAAUUGCAGAUAGUUUUGUUGAAGAAAUUGCCUGUGGUUCUUAUCAUGUUGCGGUUUUGACUUCCAAGAUGGAGGUUUAUACUUGGGGAAGGGGUUCAAACGGGCAACUAGGCCAUAGAGACAAUGAUCACAGACAUACACCUACCCUCGUUGAUUGUAUGAAGGAUAAAGAAGUCAAGAGUGUAGCAUGUGGUCCAAACCUAACGGCGGUCACUUGUCUUCAUAAAUGGGUAUCAAGUGCUGACCAUUCCGUUUGCUCUGAUUGUCACAAUCCCUUUGGUUUCAGAAGAAAACGUCACAAUUGUUACAACUGUGGGUUAGUCUUCUGCAAAGCAUGCAGCAGCAAGAAAUCUCUGAAAGCUGCCCUGGCUCCAGAUAUGAACAAGCCAUUUCGGGUGUGCAACGAGUGUUAUAGUAAACUGAAGAAGGCUGCAGAAGCCAGUUCUGCUGUGCGAAGUCCUACAAUUAGAAGUCCAAAUAUGUGUCCUAAAUCCAAUGAGGUGACAGAUAAAGAGAAUCUGAUCCCUAUGCUGCGGGCAACACUCUCCAGACUCUCAUCUUUUGGCUCAAACAACCAGAGCGAUAGCAAGCAGCUUACGCAAGAAAGAAAACCAGAAGUGCAUGAUAAUCAGGUCUUCCCAGUGUUGAAUGGACCUUUGCAGUUAGGGGGCUUUAAUUUAACAAAAGCAUCAACUCCUCUCACUGGAGAUUCAGAAAAAGUUAUUUCGCCUCCAGUUCCUGCCUCUAAAAAGGCUUCUCGAUACACAUCUCCUGUUUCAGAAAGGUCAAGUCCAUGCCGGUCUUCUGAAAAAAUCAUUCUUGAGGAUUCAAAGCUUAUAAAUGGAAGUUUGAGCCAAGAAAUCAUACAUUUAAGGACACAGGUAGAAGACCUUACUCUCAAAUCCCAACAUCUUGAAGCUGAACUUCAACGAACAUCAAAGAAAUUGAAGGAGGUCUCUACAAUAGCCGCAGAUGAAGCUGAAAAACGCAAAUCUGCAAAAGAAGUUAUUAAGUCUCUAACUGCUCAGUUAAAGGAGAUGUCUGAAAGAAUGCCUGAAGGACAGAUCAGUCACUGCAACACAGGUUCUAUUUCUCAUGCAAUCAGCUUUCGAAACCAGUUAUCCAAAGAGCCCUCUCUGUCAAACAUAAUUACUUCGCAAACUUUAUCCAACGGCAAUUCAAUGGAUCGAAUCUUAGCUAAUGGAACUAAAUCCAACCGAAAAUUAGAGCGCGUGCUACAAGAUGAACCUGGUGUAUAUAUAACUCUACGCUCCUUGCCAGGCGGCAGUAAUGAACUUGUGCGUGUUCGCUUCAGUCGGAGACAUUUCACUGAAGAAGCAGCGGAGAGAUGGUGGGCUGAAAAUGGGGCAAAGUUAUGUGAGCAGCACAAUAUAAAAGGUGCAGAGUAAGAUGCUGUCAGCUCUCCGGUGCAAACCUCAUAUGCUUACAUCCAACGAUCCUCUUCCUCAGCGGAAUGUGUAAAUUUUUUAACCCCUAAAUCAUUCCGCAGAGAUAGAUCGAAGGAUAUGGAGCCGGAUUCGCAGGUAGACUGACAAUAUAGAAUGUCAAAACUGUAGGGAGAGAUUUUCCAAAAAUUGGAAAAUGAAAAGGACAUCCAUAAGAUGAGAGACAUUUGAGAAUUCUAGAUUCGUACCAAUAAUAUCAAUCUCUAAUCUUAUUUUUUGUAUAUCAAGUUGAACACUGUUCUUUAAACAUAACUAUCCAUCUCAAUUGAGCUCGGUCCAGCUUCCUUGAUCAGGUUAUCUUCUAUUCGAACAGGCCGAAAUUUCACUUC